AUGUUUCCAUAUUUUGUCCUAAUAUGUAUAUUCCUAUAUUUUAAAAAUGAAUCAUUCGCUACAUCUCUUGAAAAUAAAACAAAAAAUGAAAACAAAAUAUUGCUAAUAAAUGAUAACCCCGUAAAGGAAUUGACCACUGAAGAAACCAUAUUGUGCCCAAAUGAAUAUGAAAUAAAAAAUCAAUAUAAUCAAAAUGACGAUAAAAAUGUAAGCAUUUUUGAGGAAAUACUAACGAUAUUAUGUAAUCAUAAUUAUAAAUUAAAAAUAACAAGAAAAUCAAAAAAAUUAGUAAAAAAAGUUUUUCGAAAACUACUUAUUAUAAAACCAUAUAUACCCUGUUUAUUAAAGCAAAAAUCAGAUGAUGAAUGUGAUUAUUUAGAAGAUGAUCCAGAAGUUAUUCCAUACUCUAAGGAAAUCGAAUCAGAAAUUGAUGCACUUAAAGACAAUGAUAGGGAAGAUAAUAUAGAUAAUCAAAAGAAGGAAAUUGACUCAUUUUUUAGAAAACCAUAUAACCCAUUUGAAGAGUAUAUGGAAGAUAAUGAAUAUGACAAUGACGAUUCCUAUAAUCAUGACGAUGAAGAUGAGGAUGAUAAGGGGAUAAAAAAAAGAAAAGAAAUGUCCCUUCAUCAUUUGUUGUUGAAAAAUAUAUCAUAG